AUGUGCAAGCAGCCUAAGCCCAAUGCUGGGAGCAGCAACUCUAGGCAGGUGGUUAUUGGAUACUACGAAGGAUGGAAUAUGAACAAGAAGUGUGGUAGCAUGACACCAGAAGAAAUACCGGUGCACAGCCUCACUCAUUUGAUCUUCUCCUUUGGCUUCAUAGCACCUGGAACCUUCAAGAUUGAGCCAAUGUCGGAUUUCCAGCCCUCUCUAUUUGGUCGAGUGACAGACCUUAAAUUGAAGAAGUCGUCACUCAAGGUCCUCAUUGCUCUUGGUGGUUGGACCCAUAAUGAUCCUGGCAAAUACCAAAAGGUGUUCUCUGACAUGGCUGCUAGUGCAGCGAAUCGCAAGACUUUCAUCUCGAAUCUCAUUGGAUUCAUGGCCGAGUAUGGCUUUGAUGGUGUCGAUCUGGACUGGGAGUACCCUGGUGCGCCAGAUCGAGGUGGCAUUCCUGAGGACGGCGAAAAUCUUAACAAGUUGAUGAAAGAGAUGAAGGAUGCCAUGGGAUCCCGAUACAUUCUCACAUUCACAGCACCAACCUCGUACUGGUACCUGCGUCAUUUUGAUAUCAAGAAAAGUGCAGAAAUCGCCGACUGGAUUAAUCUCAUGUCGUAUGAUCUCCACGGAGUGUGGGAUAGCGACAACCCAAUCGGCAAUCAGAUUCUUGGCCAUACCAACUUGACUGAGAUUGAUCUCGCACUCGAUUUGCUUUGGAGGAAUGAUGUUUCGCCUUCAAAAAUUGUUCUCGGUACGGGUUUCUAUGGUAGAAGCUUUCGUCUCGAGGAUCCAAAGUGCUGGACUCCAGGAUGCAAGUUCAGUGGGCCUGGAGAGAAGGGCGAAUGUACUGCCACAGAGGGGUUCCUUUCCUACAAAGAGGUAAAAGACAUCCUGGCAAAGACUAAAGCGAAGCCCAAGUUAGAUAAGGAUGCGGCCGUGCAGUACCUCACGUACGGACAAAACAGCUGGAUAUCGUAUGACGACCCGGCCACGAUACAAAUGAAGGUCGACUUCGCAAACAAACGCGGCCUAAAAGGACUCAUGACUUGGGCAAUCGAUAUCGACGACGAGAAGGGCGACCUCAUCCGAGCGCUGACAGGG